AUGCAUCUACUGAGCACCUAUACCAUUGAAUUGGUAGAGUUUCCACCAGACCGCAUCCCCGACUAUGCAAUUUUGUCCCACACCUGGGAAGAGGAGGAGGUUCUUUUCACAGAUAUGCAGCAUCACACGGGACGAACAAAAUCCGCAUGGUCAAAGGUUCAAGGCGCAUGUGCGCAAGCGCGAGCGGAUGGGUUUGGCUACAUCUGGAUUGAUACCUGCUGUAUCGACAAGAGCAGCAGUGCGGAGCUAACCGAAGCGAUUAAUUCCAUGUUCACAUGGUAUGCAAACGCUGCAGUCUGCUACGCGUAUCUGUCCGAUGUCAUAGUUCAUACUAAAGUAGAUUUGGAUUUGACUGAGUUUGAACAAAGCAGAUGGUUCACUCGUGGAUGGACCCUACAGGAGCUACUGGCUCCCUCGGAGGUCAUGUUCUUCUCACGAGAUUGGGUCCGCUUUGGAGAGCGAAGCAGCUUAGCUUACAGGCUGAUGAAUAUCACACGUAUCGACGAGGCCGUUCUAAGUCGUGAGUUACCGGUUUUUGAAAAGAGCAUAGCGCAACGCAUGUCAUGGGCUGCUCGGCGUCAAACUACCCGGCCAGAGGACAUGGCCUACUGCCUGAUGGGAAUAUUUACGGUGAACAUGCCUAUGCUCUACGGCGAGGGAGGAGAGAAAGCUUUUCUUCGCCUGCAGGAAGAGAUCAUGAAACACUCAGACGAUCACACCAUCUUUGCUUGGACCGACAAAAGUGCGUCUCCAGACGACCUACAUGGUCUACUCGCAUCAUCUCCGGCACACUUUGUGGAUAGCCAGGACGUCAUAGCGUACCAGCAAUGGGAGCCUACCCCGCCAUAUGCAAUGACGAACAGGGGCUUGCGUAUUGACUUAGCCCUUCAUAAUCCCACACAGCAGUGGACGGGGCGUGACUUGAUAGCACUUCUCCAUUGCGGCGUUUCACAAGACAUCAAAGGCAAAGAUGGGUAUAGGUUCUUGGCUAUACGUCUUAUCCAACUCUCAGAGUUCGAUAAUAGGUACGCCAGGAGAAAUAUUGGGGUCUUACUGAGGGAGUCAGUUUCUAGCCGUAUGCAAACAAUAUAUGUGCCCCAAACAAAUACUGUUGAAGCGGAUACGCGAAAGCCAUUAGGUCAUGUCAUCUUUCAUAUGACAAGCAUCCAAAUUAAGUCCCGAUACCGUCUGAAACGGAUAGCGUCUCCCACAGUGGAGAAAGAUAUAGAGAAGAUACGGUUAGACUUGACAUCGCCACCCACAGGAAAUGUGUUUAGUUUCUCAAGCCUGAACAGUACUAAGGGGAUUGGUAACAUGCUGGCUUUCCUCGUUUGGAAAGAAUUGAACAUGCCUUUACAUGUCGUGAUUGGGGUGGGAUAUUCACCAGACUUCGGUCUAGGUUUUAACGCUAUCCGCCUUAUGGGAGGAACGAUGGAAUUUCUUAAGAUGUUCAACGAUUUUCUGUCGAGCUCUGAAGUGCCUGGGGUACAAGAUCUCCAGCCUAUGGGACGACAAGUCUAUGCCGAUAAUAUCAUUGUGUGUGUAUCAGCAAGGGAACACACAGAGACCAUUCCCAGACAUUACGCGUUAGACGUAUCCAUAAGGGAGGAAAGAACAAAUUUCUGGAAUUUCUCCAUCUUACCGACGAGGCCGCUGUAUAGCUAG